UUUACUAUAUAAUUCCGUUAUUUAUCUGUUUUAAUCUUAUAUUUAACUGUUUACAUACUUUUAAACAUUUAAUACUAAAUGUUUAAAUUCAUUGGACACAAUUACGAUACAUAAACAUUUAGAUAUAAUACGUUGGAUUCAUAAAUAACUAAAACUGAAAGGUGUUUAAUUAUGUAAAAGAGAGAUUGUUCCAAUCGGUAAAAAUUUAGUUGUUUCAAAUGGAUCUGGACGAUCACAAUGAUGACAAUGACAGACCCAAAACACCACUGGAGGAAGAUUGUUGUGGCAAUGGCUGUAUACCUUGUGUUUUUGAUGUUCAUAAAAGACUACUAAACGAAUGGGAAAAUAGAAAGGCACAAGAUGUAAAAAUUAAAAUAAGUAGUAAUUUAUUGUCUCUUCUGUCAUAUAAAGCAUUUGUUAUUGCUGAUAUAUCCGAAACUUCGAAAGAUUACAUUUUAGUUCAUUUAGAAUAUCAAGAAUAUAAAAUGCAAAACAGUUUGAAUUUGUACCUCAUACCUGGCCAAUACAUUAUGCUACAUUCCUGGUGCAUGUCCCGGCCGUACACGCCAAUUACAUGGACCAAAAGAGGUUUAGUUCUUUUGGUAAAAGUAUAUAAACAGGGUAAAUUCAGUAUACAUCUAAAAAAUGCACCACUUGGUAGCUCAAUUGAUGUCAGAGGCCCGUACGGAGAUUUUAAAUACGAAAGCAACAGUUUUCGACAGAUCAUCAUGUUCGGUAUUGGAUCCGGAAUAGCAGCGCUUUACCCUAUUGCGAGAACAAUUGUCGACGAUGAGACUGAAUUAACAAAAGUACACCUCAUUGUGGGAUUUCAAUCUGUCGAACAUGUUCCUCUGAAAAAAGAAUUAAGAUGUCUAACUGAUUAUUGGAAUUUUAAGUGCACGUUGCAGCUGUCUCAGUUAAAUAAUAAGACAAUCGGUCCUCAUGGCCUCAAUAUAAAAAUCGGUCGCUUGAACAAACUACUCGUUGCUGAUUACCUUCAAUGUAAUGAUACAGAGACAACGUUGAUUUUAAUAUGUGGGACUUCAGAGUUCAAUCGAUCCAUGAAAGAAUGGAUUCAAGAAAUGAAUUAUACUCACUUACAUAUAUUUGAAUAA